UUCCGCGCGUGUGCACUGCUGCUCAGAGCUGCCAGCCACGGUCUUCGGCGCCAGCUACGCCGCUGCCGCUGUCGCUAUGGCCCAUUACAAAGCUGCCGAUUCGAAGCGCGAGCAGUUCCGGAGGUACUUGGAGAAGUCGGGGGUGCUGGACACGUUGACCAAGGUAUUGGUAGCCUUAUACGAAGAACCAGAGAAACCUAAUAGUGCUUUGGAUUUUUUAAAGCAUCACUUAGGAGCUGCAAUCCCAGAAAAUCCAGAAAUAGAGCUGCUUCGCCUAGAGUUGGCAGAAAUGAAAGAGAAAUAUGAAGCCAUUGUAGAAGAAAAUAAAAUACUGAAAGCUAAGCUUACUCAGUAUGAACCACCUCAGGAGGAGAAGCGUGCUGAAUAGGAUUCUUCUCAGUUGAAAAGACACUGAAAAAUGGUUUUGUAUGACUUGAAUAGUUUGUAUAGUGUAUAUAAUCUUUUCUGAACACAUGCUAUAGAACUUUUAAUAUGUUAAAUUCAUCUGUCACACUUUAACUGUUAUGAACACAUAUACUUAGAAUCACCAAUAAAAACUCAAUAUAACUUUCUUUGGGUCUUAAAAGCAGAAGAAUCCAAAGUGAAUUCUGAAAAAAAAUCUAAACACAGCCAUCUAACUCAUUACCUUUAAAGAUAUUCUGUCUAUUAUAGGAUUAAGGAACUGGUUGUAUUUUAGCUAAGGAAAUUUAGCAUGGAGCUAUUCCUUGGUUUUAGUUCAGGAUAGGAGCACAGGUACAGUCAUUCUUUAAAAUGAAGGUGACACUAUUUAUAGUCUGUAGGCAGUUGGAGAGAUCUGUGUGACAUAAGAUGCUUUUGCAUGGGUUCCCAUGAAUCUUCUGCUCUUGUUUAUAUAAUGUGGAAGAAAUAACUCUUCUUUGCCACCACUUUGCCUUAGAUAACUGUGUGCGUGCCAGUGCGGACUCUGACACCACGUUUCCUUCUAUGCAAUCAUGCCCUGUCUAGUGUUUCCUUGCUUUGCUCUGUGCCUCAGUGGGUCUAGCUGCACGUGGGCCUUGCUGUGUCAUUUUUCUAUUUGUUAAAAUAGCAGUUACCCUGAUUGUAAUUUAUGUAACUUUAAACAGGAUCACACUGUUCCCCUGCCUUACCUAGUUGCUUUGUUGAGCACAGAACAGAAGCAAUAUAAAAUUUUGGGUUCAUGUACAAGCUGGGAUGAGAAGGGGAAUGAGCCAUGUACUGUGAAAAAUUAUAGUUUGCGGGUAUAAUUAUAUAGUGCUUUCCUCUCUCAAAGUAUUUUUCUAGCCUUGAAUUCAUUUUAUCUUCAAUAUCCCUGUGAAGUAGGUAGGGCAAGUAUGAGGAGAGAUUGGGUGCUGAAUUUUUAGGCCAAAGACUGAUAUUAAUACAAAUUAUUACUAACUGUAGUACCUUGGGCACAACAGUUAAUUGCUCUGAGAUUCACUUUCCUCAUCCGUUAUAUGAGAAGAAUAACAUCUGUGCUGCCUACCUCACAGGGUUGUUGUGAGGGUCGAACGGAAUGUAUGUGAAAGAUUUGUAAAUGGUAAAGCAUUAUAUUCUUG